UGACAGUGACAGUUAGACACGACAAUUUUUAGACGUAUGUGCGUAAGCACAAAGAAUUGAUUUCGUCAGGAUUUAUUAGAUAUUUCUUUAAUUUUUCGGUCUUAGUUGAUUAGAAUGUAUCAAUUUUGAAAAUAAGAUCUUUUUUGGUUUUGUGAUCAAGUGUAGAGAAGUAGUGGACAUCAAAUUAACUUAUGUGUCACUCACCAAAGACAGCAACAAGAGAAGCAAAUUGGGUAAUUCACUUGGACUACUUGAAGCUGAAUAGUGUGCAAUCAAAAUGGUAAAAAUCUAUGCUUUGGCUGUCCUUUACAAAGGCAUCAAUAGUGCUACGCUCCUGAAAGCAGCAUACAAUCUACAGAGCUUCAGCAUAUUCCAACGUGGUUCAGUACAAGAGUUCAUGGUUUUUGUUAGCAAAACAAUAGUGGAAAGAACUCAGCAAGCCUCCCGACAGUCAGUGAAAGAAGGAGAGUACAUGUUGCAAGUGUAUGUGAGGGCAGACAACUUGGCAGCGGUACUCAUAUCUGACCAUGAGUAUCCAAACAGGGUGGCUCACACAUUGAUUACCAAAAUACUGGAUGAUUUCACAGCAGUAGUCCCAGCCACCCAAUGGCCAACUGGAACUGAGGACAGGAUAGACUUCCAUGUCCUACCUGAAUACUUAACUAAAUACCAGAAUCCCAGAGAAGCUGAUGCUUUGACGAAAAUACAAAAUGAUUUGGAUGAAACCAAGAUCAUUCUACACGAUACUAUAAAGGCAGUGUUGGAAAGAGGAGAGAAACUGGAUGAUGUUGUUGCCAAGACUGAGAGUCUAUCAAUGCAGAGUAAAUUGUUUUACAAGACUGCCCGAAAGACUAACAGCUGCUGUAAUUUCUAAGGCAUUCUGAUGUUAUACCUGACUUGGCCAUAGUUCAAUUAAUUAAAAUAUGAUUUUGCUGUGUAGUGGAGUUUGAAGGCUUGAUUCAACAAUAUUGUGGCCAUUACUGUACCCACUGUAAAAAAUAUUAGAUAAAAUGUUAGAUUUAUACUUUAAUGACAUUGUUUAUUUGUCAAAUUGUAUUCAAUUAUGUAGGUAUUGCAUAUUAUUGUUUUUGGGGUUACUCUGUUAUUGCAUAAAAUAAUGUUGUUUGUUUUCGAAAAACUUAGGUGUAUUUAGAUUGGGUUGUUGCUAUGAUGCCAAACCGGUGUGAUCAUCACAAUGUAAUUGAUAUAAUACAGCCAUAAGCAUCUAUAAUUGCUUUUGCUGUGGCCUAAGUGUUGAAAUUACAAUAAUUAAAGAACAUCAGCUGUGGCUGCACACAUCCAAAUAUGUUAAAUGAACUAUAAUAAUCAUGUAACUCCUGUAUAAUGUAAUAACCGAACAAAUAGUAAAUAUUACUAUUAUUGAUAUUCAAAACUGUACUCUGUGCUUGUGUAGAUAAAGAGGUUUUAUUGUUGUGUUAGUGAUGAGGCGACUCUAACAGUAUUUACAGAUAAAUUAAAUAUUAUGGAAUGGUAUUAAUAAAUUAUUAAAAAGAAGGUUUGUAAGUGUAUAUUGUUAGUUGUAUUCGGCUCAAAAGUGAAAUUAAUGUAUACUGUAAUAGAGUCGCUACAUCAAGUAGUAUCUUCUAUCUUUACUGGUUGUAAUGGAUGUGUGUAAGCAAUAAUACUAUAAAUAAAUAUUAAUAUGAAUGUUGAUAUGUCCUGUAGUAGUUAUUGUUAAAAAGCUAGAAUAGUCUACUGAGUGUCAUGAGUUAUGAAAUGGAAUAAAGAGGAUUUUGUAUGUAUUAAAAGUAUUCUAUAAAUGUGUCUAAAUAUGAUAGAUGUUAUAAAUAAAAUACUUAUUUACUCAGCGCACAGUUUAUCAGAAUAUAUUAUGACUAUUUUUAUAGUAGUUAUAAUUUGACAAUUUAAUUUUCGAUAUCCUUAGUCCCUGCCUGGUUGCCAUGCAAAUACUGAAAUGUUAAAAAUAUUUUAAACUUAUUUCCUUGUGGGGUAUUGUUGUUAGUAUUACUGGAGUGGUAUUUAACUGUUUAUCUAUGUCAGAUAUAGGAAACCACUGUUUUGUUUGCAAUAACUGAAAAGUUCAUGGAGUAAGUUGUAGUCUUUCCCAUUUGCCCGUGGGCCUAUGCACAAGUUGCUUUCGUCUUAUUAUAUUAUGUCUUAUUAUAACAAUAUUACUACUGGCUAAAAGCGACUUUUGUGUCUUUUCUUUAUUUACUUUGCAAAUUUAAAUUAAAUUUUAUACAAAUGAUGCAAAAACUAAGCAGCAUGUUUAUAACAAACAGGUUUCCAUUGAAAUAUUUAGUUUUUGUUUAUUCGAUGUGCGAGUUGCGACGCAAUAUGUUUUGACGUCGAUGUUUGAUGACUUUAUUUAUAUCAGAAACACGUGUGGAACGCUUGAAUGAAGUUAAUAAUCUGAUUAUAGAUUUUAUUACUUAAAAAAUUCUUACUUUACCCUACAUUACUAGAUACUUUUAUUAUUCUUGGCGGUUUUUUAUGGUUCUCAGUCACAAAUAUACUUGGCAGAUGGCGUUGCUAUCGAUUUAAAGGUAUUUUUUUUAUAAUAAUGCCUGGCAGGACAUCUUAUCUUAUAUUAUUGGGUAAAUAAAAGAUAAACACUCCAUGUUAUGACGCAAUUACUCCAUGAGCUCUCAUAACGUAGCUAGCCUUAAUUGACAUUAUUACUUCAGUUGUACCAUACUCGGUAAUUGAACGGAGUUACUAUUUGUUUUUACGUGGUUUUAUUACCCUUCAGGGCGUGAAUGAAAACCAAUUUAUUACAGACACUACGAGGUGACGGGGGCACUGAGGGUCACUUUAUCUGACCUAGAUCCUUUGCAUAUUGACCUGAUUCACUUUGUUACUGCAUUUGAUUGACCCCGGAGUAUAAAAUAUAAUUGUUUUAGCAAUACAUUCCUACUUAUUGGUAGAAUAAAUCUGUAAAUUGAACAGUGCCGGGCCCUUGCAUAUGUUAUGGAGGUAUGGUUUUAAUGUCCGAAUACUCAAACGCUAAUCAAUUUUAAGAGGCUCUCAAAACUAUUUCUUUCCCUAUCAAUUCUUUAUAAAAUAACAGAGAUAGCAAGAUAUUUAAGUGAAACCGAAAAUUUAGUAGCAUUUCAGUAUUCGGGCUUAAGAGUUGUAAAUACAAUUUUCGAGAAAAAAAGAAACGGUUGAUAGCAAAUGAUAUCUCAAUGACGAAUCUUGAUAGCGGUCGGUACAUAUUUUGUUAGUGUAUCCUUAAUGUGUGCGUCAACGAAGAUUUCAGUAAUUAUUUGACUAAGACGACGACUUUAUGUCUUAGUAAUAAGAGUGAUAAUCGUAGUAAGCGUUGCUGAUAAAUUCUCUUGACUUACAAAAGUUUUACUGUUUGUAAUUCCACGAUAACUUCGCAGUGGGAUUCUAUUCAAUAAUUGAUAUGAUUUCGAUUUCACUUUCAUGGUAAGUUUUAAUUUAGAAUAAAUCCAGAGACUUAAAAAUGUCUUCUAAAGGAAAAAAAAUCAAAUCAUUAUUUGUUUCAUUAUGUACUGACCGUCUACGAUUAUCAAGUAAACUUAAUAAAAGAUAUCGAUCGUGAAUUUUGGAUGUUAAGUAUUUGAAAAGUUUAAAUGUAUGUGUACUAUCAACUUUGUGUAACAUGUUAAUGAAAGUUUAACGACGGACGUUAUUUAUUGUAUACUUGCUUCAUGACGUGUGUUUACAAAUAAAUCGAUAUUUACAACGGAA